AAAACGUUUGUGUACUUGUAUACAUCAAAAUUAAACAAAGGCAUGAUCGAUAUUCACACAAAAACGGGUGUCAAUUUUAAGUAUGCUUUUGUACAUAGUCUUUGUUAAUAUUGUAUUUCAAUUGUUAGUGGAGUUCAAUGUCUGUACAUGUGAAAAAGUAAGCGAACCAGAAACGUUCAAAUAUUUUCAACGCAGUAGGUUUGUUUAAAUUGUGAAUACUUCGAAGUGAAAAUAUUUUUCUAUUUGGAUAUAGGUUACGGAUAAAAUAGGAUAUAAAAAUAUUUUUUGAAACUUCGAAGAUUUUGUAAGUUUAUUUUAAUUAAUGAUUUCCUGCAUGAUUUCAAUUGACUGCAUGCGCGUGAGAUUGUGAUAAGAUCAGAAAAUGUUCUUCGACGUUAGGUGGUAAUUCUUAUCUCGCCGCAGCAGAUAUAUUACGAUAUCGACCUCAGGGAGUUAAGGAACGUGCAGAGUUGGAUGGUCCCAGAUCAGACGAUGGCAACUUUAGAUAAUGAGAGGUAUUUGAGACACAUACUGUUGCUAGGUGAGGGUGGAUUGCUUGUGUUGAGAGGCAUUGUAACUAGAGAAGCAACAAACUGCGGUCAGACCCUCGAACAUACACUUGCAACGAACAGAGCAUUAUUCCACAAUUUAAUCCGAGAACAGAAAACGAAACUGUUUCCAUCUACAUCUACAGUUAAUGCAGAUGUACAAACCUGGGAUAUGUCCCUACUUACGGUCGUAGUGAAAAGAUUGUUCUUAUCAGGUUUAUCGUCUGCAGACACAUCUUCAUUUGAAACAUUAAAAUCAUGCAGAAAUUAUAUUCAAGGACAUCCCACAAGCAUAACCAUGAGCGCAACUGACUUUACUACAAAUCGACUUUUGCUAAAAACAGCUCUUCUGCAACUAGCAUCAGGUAUUAGUACAGAUACCGAUACAGAAAUCAAGGACAUUUUAAGGAGAACGGAAUCAGGGGAUAUUGAUAUGCAGUUGUCUUUGAGACACAUCAAAGAUCUACAUGAAUUCAAAACUAGUUUGCUGGACGAACUAGAAGGAAAAUUCUCAGUACUAACGGAUAUGAAUCGUAGGUUAAGCAGUGUUGAAACAUGCCUGAAUGAUUUGGACGGAAAUCAUGCAGUCAGAUUUGGAGCGUUGCAAGCACAACUGCAAGGAAUUAAUAUAGCCACAGGAGAGCGGAAAAACGAUAUGGCCGAUAUGAAAGCACAACUGGAAGAAAUUUCACAUCGAGUUGACAAAAUGAUGGAGAUGCGUAUAAUUGAUUCCGAACGAAAUACUAAGAAAGAGUUACAGACUAUCAUAGAAGGGAAGUGUGACCAAAGGAAAAAAGAAAAGGUAGCCAUGUGUCUUUUGUUUGAAUUCGUUGAGAUGAUUCAGAAUAUCUUAGUAGAUGACCACUAG